CUAGAAUAAAAAGAGACCAUGCGGAGAAGAGAUUCCAAACCUAGAGUGCCACCGUGGUAUCCUGCUCAACCUAGAGGGAGCCCUAGUAGUCGCGUGAGAGAUCCUGGCGCACCUGUUUCACAGGAUCCACAUCCUUUUACCGACGAUGACCUUGAGUGCUUGGACACUAUUCUGUCUGCUACAAAUCUUGAUGAUGCUUUAGCUAGACCUUCCACCCUGGUGAAAACAGGAAACACAAAAGGAACUCGCAGACCAUGGGUCCAACCUGGAUAUAUCCAAAGAACCCGAGGGAAACAACGAGAGGGUCUGGGUAAAACCAGCCAAAGGGCUGGGAUGAGCAGUCAGAGUAUUGGUUGUAGCUGUUUGUCAAGACAGGACCUCAGCAGUCAUAACCAGGAAAGAAAAGGAAAGCUAGAACCAAGCACCAAUCAGUCUCACGUGAUCAAAGAAUCCUUGAAUGUACCUAUUAAUGCUGUUUCUUCUUCAACUUUUGCUAUGCGAGCUCCUGGCAGUAGGAAGGGGUAUGAUCAGAAAGAACAAGAAAUAUUAGAAGAAUUUGUUCUGGAUGACAAUGAGUUGUGUUUAUUGAACUUCUAUGACAUCCCGGUUGAGGCUACUAAAUACCACUGUAUGAGAAAAUCAACCAACCUUAAGACCGUGUCCAUUAUAGACACUUUAAGUGAGCUAGCACUGGGAGCCACUGAUCGGGGGGAUGACCCCCCUUCCACCAAUAUCUCUCAUUCAGCAACCAGUGGAGGAAGAAACCGAAGGAAAAAAACACAGCUUGAUACUUCUGGAAAAGGAUCUCUUACUGGUUGGGAAAUCCAAGAAAGAGGCACAGAAGAUAAACCCAUAGACCUCCAAAAUCAACUAACAGAUGUUACUAAUGAACCUGUUAAUGACAAUGUGGAUAGUGAUCAAUUCUUGUUAGACUCUUGUCAAAGAAGAAACCAAGAAUCAAAAGGUAGUUGUGAUUUGCAAGUAGUAGAGACGCACACUUUACUCUUGUCUCAGGGAAAAUCGAAACCUCGCAAGCCAACUACAAACUCAUCCAGUGCCUCCGAUGACGCGAACAGUGUUUCUUCACGACAUUCGAAGCCUAUGAAGCACCGCGGUGUGAUAGAUUCGAGUCACGUGGCUGGGAGCUCUUUGAAAAGAACUUUGAAACAGCUACGGAAAGCUGUGUCUUCUACAGUAGUUGGCGAAGAAGGCAUGUUUUUUGACAGAAAACAGAAUCUUAAAGUGAGACGUCAUCAUGGAAAACGACAAGAACGAGACUAUGCCCGUUUGUGCUUGUCAGAUAGUGAAGUUAGGACUAAUGACAACAGAAACUUUCAAAGUGACGGAAGUUCUGUGUUGUCUCUUCGCGGUGUCAGCGCUCAUAAUAAAUCGCACAUGUUUUAUUCUUCACUUGAUCCUGUCAGUACAAAAAGUGUUGAAAAUCUAAAACCCAGUCUAGUAUCUCGUAAGUCCCGUGACCAACUUCAAUCACAGCAGAUUUCUCACUCUAAGUUAGGUGGCGCUUCAAGACGAUGGCGUCGUGCACCAGAAUGGAUUCGAUCAAUUUUUUCUGCAGCAGCUAAGGGAGAGCUAGAAGUGCUGCAAAACUGCUUGAAAGAUAUGGAUGUCACUUUGAUUCGGAACCUGUCCGACCGGAAUGGUAACAACUUGUGGCACGUGUGUUGCAGUCAAAACCACCUUCACUGCCUUAAGUGGCUGUGUAAUCAAGAUAAUAUGGAGGCCUUGAACGACGAGAAUAAAAACGGAUUGACACCAGUUAUUUUGGCCACUAAGCAUGGGAAUAUGGAUAUUGUUCAAUGGUUAUUAAAGCACACAGCCUGUGAAAAAUUCUUGGAGCCGUCACCAAGGGAACGCUCAAUUUUGCACUACGCAGCAAAAUAUGGACAGGAACAACUUGUUCACUGGUUGGCUGAAAAUAUGCAGACUUCUUCCAUCAAUAACUGUGACUCGGAGGGUAACACUUCUCUCCAUUUUGCAGCUAAAUACGGUCAUAUUGGUUGUGCAAAAGCUCUUAUUCUUCACAGUGCAGACAUUACAGCUAAAAAUGAGCUUGGAUUAAGGCCUUAUGAUCUUGCAAUCCACAGUGAGCAUCAUCCGUGUGCAGAUUACUUGAUAGCUAUGGAAUCCUGUCUAUCCUUGUCGGCAGAGCAUCUCUUAUUAGAAGGAGAUGUACAGAGUAGGGAUAAUAAAAGUAGCAUUUUGAUUAUAUUAAAUUUUAUCUUUUUCACUGUACACAAUUCUGUGAAAUCGUGCAUUAUGCUUCAUUUGUUUAAUCUGACACAGAGAAGCAAGCUUAUGUUAAAAACACUUAUUUUGUAUUUGCAACAGUUUUUGAAGUUUUUUUUGUUUAUUGCAUUUAGUUUACUCUCAGAACAUAUGGAAUUGAAGUCACAGUUUAAAGAGUUAUUGUACCUAUCCAAACAUUUCCUCAAACAACAAAGAGAUAUGUUGGAGAACUUUAGAAUAAUAUACAAAGACCAGGACCCAGUUGAUACAAGUCUAUUAGAAGAGGGGAAUGGAAAGGAUGAGAGAAAUGGAAAACUAACUAAAGAACCUAAGAACUCAGGGAACAUUUCUGAAGAAGUGGAAAAAAAUAUGUCUGUGUGUAAAGGAUUAGUACAAGAAGAGUUUAGAAGAUGGUUCACAUACAUUCUGCCUACAGAAGAAACAAGACUUCAGAUAGCAGAAGAGAGGUGGAGGAGACUGAGGAUGAGACCCAAUAAAGGGCUGGAGGAGAAAAGGUUACCAUUAGAUAUUUUGAGGUCACAUUUUGCUCAAAUUCUUGCCAAGUUGAGCAGUCCAACGUUAGGAAUAGCCACAAGGAUAAUGUCAUCUUCUGAGAGCACUCUUUCUUUUGAUAGCUUGAUAAGUGAAGAAGAAGAACAGCAAAACAUAAUUGAAACAUUUCAGUCACAAAAAGAAGAUAAGCAUAAAGAUUUUCAGUUACAUAAGGAAGUACAAAGUGUACAGAAUUUAGACUUACCAACAUCAUCAACUUCAUAUUGUUCAACCAGUAACCCUUGGACUCCACGUAAUUCCAGGUCAUUAAGCAGCAUACUAGAUGUUGAUAUGGCAUCAACCAACAGUCCAAACAGAGAGAGGUUAAAAGUGAAUUCUCACAAAGAAAGCAGACAUGGAAAGGAGCAGAUAAAAGAUAAUAAGAAACCAUUUUUUCCAAUGAAAUCUUCAUCUUCCUCAUCUGGUGCCAAAGUAACAUUACAAGAGAUUGAGGACACAAGUCUCCAAUCUUUGUUUGAAAGAAAUCCUGAACUACGGCAGGAAGGAAAAACUUGUUCAGUAAUAGAAGUCUUAGAACCAUCCAGUAGUGAAAAUGAAGAAAUUUCUAAAGUUGGUAAAAAAACUAAAAAUAUCAAAGGUUGUAGAAUAGAAAAGAAAGAGAAUGGAAACAGUUCCUCCAGCUCUGUGCAGUCAGAAAAGGAUUACAGGUCUUGUUCUUCUACUUCAAAACAGAAGCUUAUACCUGCACACCAAAGAUCCUCUUCUGGAGAUGUCACUUCAUCAAAUAGCCAAGAAAAAAAACAGGGUCCAAAUGAAACUCAGGAAAGUGCAUUAACAGAAAAGUUAAAUUAUUCUUCAAGAUCUCAACACCAUCAUAAUCCCUCCACUUUAUCUCAUGAAAGAAGUGUCUGGAAAUUAAACUUGUCUGCUGGAGAAGAGAUUAAGCAUAGAGUGUCUGAUGUCCCUUCACCACAGGAGACUCAAGUCAAGAGUAUCGAUGUAAAAAGCUCAAGAUAUCUUGAACCUGAUCUGAUCCGAGAAACCAAAGUAAAAUCAUUCUCACUGCCAGCCCAUCAUUACAGUCUUCAGCCAUUACAAAGACCAGGGAAAACUGGAUGGAGACUAUGCGAUCAGGGGUCAAGUGAAGUGAAACCUCCUCCUACAAGGGUUAAUCAGUCUGUUCAGGAUCAGCCCAUUUCUGUGGUUGAAUUAAACUCUGAAGGGACAGUACACUCAGGAACUCAGGGUAGCACAGCUAAAAUGAAAGGAUUCCUGUCAAAAUUCUCACUGAAAGGUAGAUGGGCAUCAAAACACAAAUCUCGAUCACCAAAGAAACUAGAUGAAAUCUCAGCAGAUGAGUUUCGAGAAAUGUAUUCUAGAUCUGCUGGUCCAGGUGAAGGUAAAGAUAAUUUGAAUGUGCCAGACUUGUCAAAUCUUUCUAGUCAAGAUGCCAGGGCAAGUAAUUCUUCAAAGGAAAAAUCAGGUUUAAAAAAUUCAUCACAUAGCCAAAUGACAGAAGAUACAAGCACUUGUAAGCAACAUUCUCUUGAUGUUUCAUUAGAAGAUAAGAAUAAUAGAAUAGGAUGUGUGCCGCCAACUGAGAUAAGUAAUCCACCCUCCCAGCUUUUAAGAUUAGAAGAACUUCCAACACCAUCAGUGUUACUCCCUCCUCGUGGUGAACCACCACCUGCCCCACCAGUUACACAAGGAAGUGAUGGUGAUAUUCAAAAUCAAACAGAGAUUUUGACCUUUGCUGAACAAGGGCCAUUGAGAAAACCUUUGGAAGUUAUUUCGACCUGUGAUACAACACCUCUGGUGGCAACAGUUCUGCGAGGCCAGAAACGUUCCAAGAUGCCAACCACUACCUCUCCUUCUGCACCUGGAUUUUCACAAACAAUACAUGAGCAAGACUGUCAUAUUCAACAGUCUUUCAGUGUCUCUUCCAAAAAUAAUUCUUUGUCUCGCCCAGCAUCUUCAGCCUCUUGGGUAGAAUCCCCUCCUCAUUCUGAAGAUAAUGACAAGUCCUCAGAAUUCCCUUUAAGAAAAGCUUUUUCUGCCUCAUCAGAACUUCUAAUAACUCCAGAUUCUUCUACAGCUGGACGACAAUCACCUGCACCAAGUGAGGUUUCUAAAACAGAAAGUGCUCUGUCACCUCCAAGUGAUGUUUCAAAAACCGAAAGCACAAGACAUCUUCAUCACCUUGGCAAGAUAGAAGAAAUUGUCAACCGUGAAUCAUCUACUUCUCUUACUACUGUCCCCAUUAAGGAACCCAUGGAGGUAAAGACAGCAGCUAUAGUGGACAUCACCCAGGUUCCUAAGACAGAUAAUGCAGAGAAGGUGCUGUCCACUGGACAUGAAAGUGAUCAAGAAAAGAACAGUGACUCCCCAGAACCAGAGCAUAGAAAAGAAAUUAAGGUAAAGAAGACCAAAUUUGGAGUAAGACCUGAAAGAACAGAGAAACCAUGGUAUGAAGUGUCCGAUGAAGAAGACAUGUUUUCCCCAAAUCGGUAUCACAUAACAAUGGGAGGCAGCUCUGAUGAUGACAGACAAGCCAUUACAAGCUGACUAGUUCUAAACAAAAGUUGGUUUUUUUUAAGUCAUAAUCUUUGAGUAGUUUACCAAUUGUUAUUUUUGUGUUCUUUUUAGACAGUAAGAAGGGAGUCCUUACUACAAGACAUUUUUGUUUUGAACAACUGCAGAGAAGCCAGAACUGACUGUCAUUGUGCCAGUUAUUUAAGUUAAAUUUUGUUUUAAAUAAAUUAUGUUUAGAAUACUAAACAAACUAACAAGAGGUACUGCAGUGUUUUAACAGCAUGAAAAUGCAAUUCUGGAAUGUAUUUUGGAUUGCAGUGAUACGUAUAUUUAAAAUUAUAAAGAUUUUGCAUCUGACUGUUGUGAACUUUUUUUUUUUAUAAAGAUUUGAAUUUUAAAAAAGUUGAUAUACUAGGCACAUAAAAAGGGCAGUGAAAAUGGAAAUUAUCUACAUUUCGUGAGGUUUCUGGUUCAACAAUAUUGUUCAAAAUUCACUAAGUGAAGUGUUCCUAACAUAAAAACAAAGUAUAUCUAUAUAUUUUUCCUUAAGUUUUCUUUUUUUUCUUAUUAUUAUUAUUAUGAAAAUUUUGACCUUACUGGAGAAAAAAUCCUAGACACACAAUUAUAAACAAAUUAGAAAGAACUUUUAAACUGUAGUUUUACAACCCUCACAUUUGUUGUAUUUUUGUUACUAGAAAUAACUUCUAAGGUUUUUUUUUUCACCUCUAAUUUUUUGUUCCGUUUAUGUUACUUUUCAAAGGGCUAUACAAAUUGUUUCUGAAGAUAAUUUCUUUUUCAUGACAAAGUAUUGAAACGGGUAUUUUCAUGUCAUUCCAGCAUGACUGGGGUAUUACUAACAUUCUUCUUUUGUGAGGUAAGAAACGCUAAUGUUUCUACAAGUCAGUCUGGCAACCUACUGACUAACUACUACCUAUGUUUUUUGUGUGAAAUUUAGUGUAAUAUAAAACAGGUUUCUAAUGAAUCUGGAGCCAUUUGUAUAUUAAAGAAAGUUAAUUUUAAUGUAAUUUUUCACUGUUUAUUAACUAUGUAUGUAAAUUUGCAUAUUUUUUAUGUGUUUCUAACCACCUAGUGGUUGAACCUAUAAACCUAAAGUUACAUAGAAGAUAUUUAAAUUCACAUAUCACCUUAAGUGUUUUUAUCUAUGAAACACCGUCAUUAUUACUGAAAAAAACAUUGUCAUCUAU